AUGUCCAAACCUGGAGACUUCAGCAGCCAGACCUAUGCCCCAGGGGCCAAGAGGGCCGCCAGCGCUCCAGGCAACACCCGAGAGAAGGACAACAUGGUGGGGCUCAAUGACAAGUUUGUGCAGCUCAUUGAAAAGGUAAAACACUUGGAGAAUGAGAACAAGAAGCUGGACACAAAGCUGAAGAUCUUGAAGGAGCAGGAGGACUACCAGGCCCGUGUGGAGGAGGUGGUGCGGCAGAUGAAGGAGAGGCUGGAGGAGCAGAUCUCAAACCUCCUCCGAGACCAGAAGAAGCUGCAGGACGAGCUGGAGGCAAAGCAGCAGGAGCUCGGAGACACCAAGAACAAGUACAAUGAUGAAGUUCAGAAGAAAAAUGACCUGGAGAAUGAAUUUAUUAUUGCUAAAAAGGAAGUGGACCAUGGUCACCUGAAGGCAGUAGAUCUUGCUCUGGAACUGGAGGACCAAAUGGGAAACUUGGAUUUUCUCAGAGUCGGAUUUGAUGAGGAAAUCAAAGAACUGCACUCUAUGAUCCAGAACGAGACUUUGAUCAUUCGCGAUAAUAACAACCGCUCGCUCGACAUGGAUGAGAUCAUAGAAAACGCCAAGAGACAGUACGCAGACAUGGCCGCCCGCACACGGGACCACGCGGACCAGUGGAACCAGAAAAAAAUUGAUGAGCUGGUUCACAGUGCGGGGAGGCGUGAGGGUGAGGUGCGUGAGAUGAAGAGGGACAUCUCUGACCUGCAGCGCCUGGUGGAGAGGCUCAAAGCCGAACUGGAGACCCUCACGAGAAGAGAAUUGGCUUUAAACAGGGAGAUAGACACCAUGAUGGCAGAAGGAAACGAGAGGUUGGAAGCGGCGCUCCAAGACAAGGCCAAGUUGGAGGAGGCCCUGAGGAGAGCCAAGCAUGACUUAGCCGGACUCCUGCGCAAGUACCAGGACCUGAUGAGCCUCAAGCUGGCCAUGGACAUCGAGAUCGCCACCUACAGGAAGCUGCUGGAGGGAGAGGAGCAGAGGAUGAAUGAACUCAUGCGUCAUGGGGCAGACCUACAGCCACCGGUGAAGCCACAGCCGCCGCCACCGCCGCCACCGUCGCCACCGCCGCCACCGCCGCCACCGCCACAGGAGACCCCUUUAUCACAAGUCUCAGAAGACCACAACCAAAACCAAAACCAAGUCCCUCAGACCAAAACCCUCCCUUAUCCCUCCUCUACCAAGCGCCUGCUGAUCCGAGUGGACGUGCUGCACGGGAAAGUUGUGUCCCAGAGUUGCCAAGAAGUUAUUUAA